AUGCCGACGCUGUCAGUAAACGAUGUGGACGCUACUAUGGAAGGUCAAAGGUCUGAGGACGCUUUCAUGAUGUAUUCUCCGCGUUCACCUGUUGUUUCUGUAUCCAUGUUGAACAAAAUGGAGCAGAGCCGAGUUGAUUAUCGUGGCGGCAAAGGCGAACUCCUAAGCUUAGGCGACAUUUAUCUUAAUGAAUUGUCCGAUAUAUUUGUGUUUGAAAUAACAAAUCAAAGUACAUGCGUGCUGAAUCUUAAGCUGCGUAUGGACCUACGCAUGCCGUUUCAAAGCAGUCAAUGGGGAUUUCAGCUAGAGAACGAGAACGUUAGCAUUAUGCAGCGUGAGCUGCAGCAGACAAAAGAACAUGCGCUUGCUACGGAUGAGUUUAACCAUGUGCCAUUAUCGGUGCUGCGUUCAUCCUCGAAGGCUGCUCUUUGUGCUGAAAAUGUGUAUCUAUGUGAAGGCUACAACGAGCUGUUCAACCAUAUUGGGACGGUAAAUGAGAUCACGUUGGAGCCAAGAGUGAGCAAACGGAUCGUACUUUCCAUUUGCACCAAGCUGACUCCACAGCACAGUGCAACAGUAAAUUUAGCUUAUGCGGCGGCCGGAGGCUCGUCGGAGGAAGAGCGCGCUCAUCUUAGUGAAACGUCGUGUUUCGUGCUGUCGGGGAGGAUGAUCCUCCAGCCUUCUUUUGAAGAUAACAGUGUUAGCAGAAAAGUGCAAACUCCGGAGAUACUAGUGCCCCUGCAAGGCCAAGUAUGUCGCUCAAUACUACGACUGGAUGUCAAGGAGCUGCAUUUUGAUGACUGCGUACCGGGUGGAUCGUUUGUCAAGGAUUUUACCGUAUGGAAUCGCUCAGAGAUUCCGUUGUUGUUCAAGUUGGUCUCGCCGAUGAUUUCGUGGAAUGAAAGUAAAGAGCUGCUUGUAUGUACCGACUACAACUCCGGGUACGCAAUUGGAGACAAGAUAUUGCAAGCUGCUGCGUAUGGACAUGUGCGGAUUCGUGUUACAUAUCGUCCUACAGACGUCGGAGAGCGUUUUUUCGAGAUUCAGGCUCAGAACCUACACGACUCCAGAAACGUGAAGAUUCUCAGAAUUCAUGCCACGACAAAUCAAGAACACCACAGAGAAGGGCUGUCGAUCAAAGAGCCGAGCGGUUCAUACCUUAUGAGUGGGAGUCGUUUGGAUUUUGGUGAUUGCUAUACCGGCAUUGCCAGCUCCAAAGUGAUUCUAUUACGCAACAUGACCGAAGUAGCUUUGCAUGUUGAGCUGACCAGCGAUCGACCUAAGGAAGUGACUUUUGAGAUGAAGCCGCAGCAAAACCGCUCGCGCGUUCUAAGAGCCUCACGUGCGGACGAACUUUUUUCUCCGACAAAUUUGAUCGACGAAGCGAGUCUGCAAGAGUCACCAGCACUUGGUGGAAGCAAGACGCCGCUUUUGUUCUCGAGCACUGGUGUAUAUGGACCCGACAGCGACCAAGAGGUCGAUGAAAAUGAGGCGGAUUCAUUUGAGGAUGACUUUCAACAAACGACGCCAAACUCAUUCGAAGAAAACCUUAUGGGUGAUACUGAGGACCCAGACGACGAUUUUGAGUUUGAUCGCGAGCUUCGCGUGCUUUCGCAAAAUACACUUGAGAGCCCAAAAAUGCGUCGUUCAAGAGAGGAUGCUGACCAACGAGAGCAAGCAUUUCGAGCGAAAGUAAAAGAGUUUGAUAAGACCGCGGCUCGAGCAAAAGCUGUUGAUUACGGCAGCGGUGUGAACAGUCCGCACUCUUCUCCUGAACGACACAUUUCCCGAAAGCGUCAAGUGGUCUCAGUUGAUGAAAAUACUGCGUCUAAUUUUUUAGUCGAAACGGUUGACUUGCCUCCUGGUGUCGAGCGAACCAUUUUAAUAUGGUACACGCCCGCUUCAAGCAGCAAUUUGGAAGGGACAUAUGGCGAAAACGCAGAUGCAGUGGAUUUCAAAGCUGCCCGUUUGACUAAGCAAACGUUUCGUGUUUCAUUCCGAUGCUUUCUCGUGCAAGGCGCAUGGCAACAAGCUCAAUCUCGUGUGUAUGAUCGAACUCUUGGCAAAUCAAUCCAUAUCCGCGCACGUACCUGCACAUCGAUAGUGACAGUGACGCCUUCCAUAUUGCACUUGGGUGAUUGCAACAUUGGAGAACUUAAGAGCAGUUCUUGUAUGCUAACAAACCAGUCCGAGCUGCCAACGGUUGUGAAACCGUUAGUGACGUCUAAAGUGAUAUCGACGGUGCCAAACGAUGACAUGGUGCUCGGUCCGAAGCAGUCAAUGGAGCUUAAAAUUGAAAUCAUUCCGCGGAAGACCAACCCUAACUAUUCGCGACUUAUAUCGAUCAUCAAUAUGAAGAAUAAGAGCAAUAUUCCGCAAGUUUGCGUACGCUCGAGCAAUAUGGACGCUCAUCAUGUGAUCUAUCACUCGCUAUUCUACAAACUAUUGACCCAAACAAGAUCCGCGUUUCUGAACUUUGAACAUGUGACGAUGAAUUCAGUUGGGAUUCAAGUGUUUGAUUUGGAGAAUAUUACAAAUGCCCCGCUAUACUUAAAUAUUGACAGCUCAGCUCCAUCUAAGGUUCGGCUGUACUGUAUAAAGCAUCCAUUUACCGAUGUGACAAUCCCAGCAAAGCAGAUACAUAACGGCGGGACGCGUAAUGAAAGAAGCAAACUUUGUGCUUCGUCCGCGGCGUUCAAUUCGCAAAACAGUGGUGGUGGCACUCCCAGCAAAGCUUUAACGCAAACGAGUCAGCUUCCCGCUGGACGGCCUAUCCGUCGACGCCGGUCGUUUUGCAGUGUGUCAGAGCUGGCAGAUAAGAAAAUAAAUUCAAAGAGAGGCAAAUCAACAGCGCUUCGAGAGUUAUUAACGAAAAAGCUAACUGCACUCUCAGCAUCGCAAGCCUGUCAUCCAUCAGCUUCCACGUCCGGCACGAGCUGUGUUUCUAGAUCAGUUUCUACACAACAUUUUGAGAGUGACAAAAGCCGCCAAGAGCGGCAGACUACGAGGGUUUCAGAAAACCGAGGAAAUCUGCCGCGAAGGGCAGCUGAUGAGAAAAAGUCGAUGGAUGGAUCAUCCACUGCGUCACUGUUGACACCUGCGGAUUCAUUUGAAGAUCGAAGUUUAUCAGAAGAGGUGACCACCCUUUUGCAGUUAUUUGCAAAAUCGCGCGCUGAUUGUGAUGCGUAUUGCCAUAGCUCUCUGUCCUCGAUAGAAAAGGAGGAGGAGAUUGUGGCGUUGGUCCGGGAGCGCACUAAACGUUUACAGACUCUUUUAGCUGACGAAAGGUUGACAUUGCUGAGCUCCAACAAGGAGCGAAACUUACCGGUUCCAGCAAAAUCGCGCCUACGAAUUGUAGCUGUGUUUUGUCCUGUGGCUCCUGAAACAGCAACCACUAAGGAUGUUUCAAAGAUUCGAGUUGAGAGACACAAGAUAAUGAUCACACUACCACCUGGCGGUAACAAAAGAGCAGUUGCGGAAGAAUCAACGCUUGAUCAAAGCAAACAAGUAUGGACUGCAUCAAAGCACCCAUUUGAUACACGAUCGUCUGUGAGAGAGUUGCUGCUUAAGAGUCGAGUUUGUCGCUCGGUGAUGAAUGUGAACCAGAAAAACAUCAAUUUCGGUCGCAUUUCGACGUCUUCAAAGAGCUCAAAGAGGUUAAUCGUACAAAACAUGUCAUCUACUCCUCUUGUAUAUAGCGUAGAAAAAACAGGCUCGAUUUCAUCGGGCUUCUUACAGAUUAAGGAGGGAGAGGUUGGAGUGGUCAAAGCAUUUGGCAGAAAGGAAAUUUGUUUUCAGUUCCAGCCAACACUGGCUGGCCCCUUUGAAGAGAAGUUGAAAAUUAUUAACGUUCAAGACGUGGAAAAUUCGGUUUCGGUUACAAUAAAGGCGAAAGUUGUCAAGCGAGAAAUGUUCAAACUUCUACAGUCAGGUCAAACGUUGUCAUUGGGAAAGUGUAUCGUGGGUGAAAAGACCGAAGAAGUGAAGAUUGCUGUCCGAAACACAAGCCGAAAGAAACGGGAAUACGUGAUACAGGUGGAUCCAAGCUUUACAGUUCCAAGCUUGCGGCCUAUAUUCUAUUUCUCGGUUGACGAAACACCGACAACCGUAAUUACGCAAGCGCAAGAAAAAAAGCUAGAUGAGGAGCUAGAAAAGCUGGAACACAAGCUGCGUAUUGCGAUAACGAAGAAGAAGGCGGAUAAAAUCGUCAAAUUAAAUGCCAAGAUUUCGCAAGUCAAGGCUUUGUUGUCGGGAGAACAUCUACUGAAUGCGCCAGGGUCACCGACAUGUAGUGACGCAGAAGCGACAGAAAGGUUGAGAGGAAGUGGCGAGGUGAGAGAAUUUGAUCUGCAUGACAGCGGCAAUAGUGAGUCGGAUCUUUCGGAGUCAGAAUCAAGCUUACGGUUGCGGCGUCGUAGCUUGAAGCAGCCUGAUAAACCCGUGGACGUAAUAACCGGACCACUAUCGUCUACUUCGAGCAGCACCAAUACGUUUCACUUUUCCCUCGGAGCUCAGGCGACCGGAAGAGUUGUGGCAUAUGCAAUAUUUAACCCUCUGAAGUCUGGUGAAUGCUCACCAAAAGCUAGAGAGGUUGGUGACAAACGUGGCGUGAAUCGAAGUCAAAAAAUGAAGAAACGUCAGUCAUGUCGAGAUGCAACACCAAUUGUAGGCGUGGGAAAAUUUCUUUUAUUUGAGCAACAAAACAAGGACGUGGUGAAGGAACUUCAGUACAACGCUGAAAUCUUCUUGCGAACACCUGCGGGUGAAAAUGCAUACUGCCACGCUGUUGGUCGAAAGCCGCCAUCUGUGCUUCCUCCGCAUCCGAAGACCAGAACUGAGCCUUCUAUUGUGGACGAGAGUUUGGUGGAGAGCCGUCCAGGGAAACAGCGUGGCUUAAGUGGUAAUUCUAUCUCACGCUAUGAUGAUGUUUUACCAUUGUUGACUACACCAGUCGAGACAUCUGCUGCGGUGGAGCGCCGCCGCAGCUUAGCUAUCCAGGUACCGGAUGUGAGAAGGGUCGUACAAAGGCUAAAUGUGAAUAUUGCUCCCUGUCAACUUGGUGUAUGUCCCACUAGUUCCAGCCUGCUCGUGCCUGCAGAGGAAUCACCAUCAAAUAAUCGCGGUUGGUUCGUGACAUUAUCGCUAGGCUCUCCUUCGCACAAAAGUUCAGCAAUUGUUGAGGUUGUGUGGAAUCCAGUGGGCACUUUUAGAAAUGUACUGGCGCUUACGUGCGAUGUGGUUCCUCUUGAUUGCUUGGUACAAGAAGAUACGAAAACAACAAGUGGCGAGAUGGAAACUAUUGGCCGCGUACUGCUUCCUCUAAAAUUGAGCAUUCCUGUUGAUCACACGGUGAGAUUGAACGUAAAAUGGUGUUUUACUAGUGACGCGGGAUUUGCAUCAUCAACUCCCUUGGCAUCUUGCGUGAGUCGGUCCGUCUUGGAAAGCGCAUCUGAAGCUGCAGAACUUAAAGCAGGUACAAUUGACUUUUUCUAUCUUUCAAGCAACUCGGUUCCGCAGGAAAACAUGAAGGACUUGCCCACGCUCCAUACUCCAAUAUCGUCAGUUGACGUGGCAAUUAUUAAAGCUGUGCAGCGGUCGCUAUGCUUCGAAGUUGAAGCGCUUGAUUUGGGUGAGCAUCAACAAGGGGACGAAAUACGAGGCGAAGUUGUUAUCUACAACAGGUCACACCAAGCUCUUCAGUACCUUUUGUUGGCCGGUUUUCGUGAUCGAAUGAAUGGAAGCACAUCAUCGUCGAUCUCUCCGUUGCUUGUUGGAGGCGAUAUGACGUUCGAUAAUCCAACGGGGACUGUGCAAGCGGGGUCAUUCAUUACUGCAGGAUUCUUAUACAAGGGCAGCGUGCCGGGACACCAUAAUGAACAAAUUGUAUUGCGGAAUCUUAGUGGCGAUCGUCUGGACACGUCAGUAUUGACAUUAUCCGUGCGUAUUGUUCGACCAGUAUAUGUUCGUAUUCCUGAGUUGGAUCCGCAAGUGACAGGGCAGUUGAAGACUCUUGACUUAGGCCCAUGCUACGUUACACCUGAAAUGCAAGACACAGCUGUAGACAGUGCAAAUGUGUGUCUUCGAUUCAGCAAAGUACACAAACUUACAUUGCAUAGUCAAGUCGAGCACGCCUUGAUUAUUUGUGCUUCAUCGAAUUUGAAAACUCAGUGCUACGUGUACGAGGACGCCCGUCUGCAGCGUGAGGCAACCCACGUUGUGAUGAAUGGAAUGCAGUCAGUUGGUCUUUACGUGGCAAUUCGCCCACGACUAUCUUCAGACGCUAUCAAAACAGGGUUGACUCGAGAUCUGGUAGGUGGCAUUCGCGUCCAGCUCUUUGGACUGUUGGCGACAGGCGGUACAGCAGUAGAUGAAAAGUCUGAAAUGUUGGCCGAAUUUACUGUCAAGUUUAUUGGUGUAGCUGGUGCGAGUAUUGCACGAGUUACACCAUCUUUGGUCGAUUUCGGUGUUGAAUACAACAGUGGACGUAUGCAAACGUGUCAAACGCACAAAGGUCAGUUUAAACUGAUCAAUAUGAGCAAGGCACUCCCUUUGGGGUAUCGCCUAUUCGUUACGAACGCAACAGAAGGGUAUUCGGAUGAUGAUGAUUCUCUUCAUGUAUCGUUGAAACAUGAAAAGGGAGAAAUUCCGGCGGGCGAAACAGGAAUAAUUGAGUUUCGAGUUGUGGCAUACACGAACGGACUAUUUCGUCGUCGAAUAAUGGUGGAAAACAUUCAUUAUCCUGAUAAAGUCAGUUUUGUCGACGUUUUACUCUUUGUGGAUGGUUGCGCACUGAGUUGCGAAAUUGCAGAGUCUGAAACAAAUAAAUAUCGACACUGUGAGGAGAGAGUUUGUGCAACUAAUAACAUGUUGAACGAGUCGGCAACAAUCCAAACUAUAGAUUUGGGCCAUAUUAACGUGAUCAGGCUAGAGGAUGAACUGUCGGAAACCAUAUCGGUUUCUAAAAAUGAAUCUGCAAGCCGCAAGUACCGCAUUUAUAGAGAACAUAGCAAUGGAUCAUUUGUCGAAGCUCAUCCAACUGCAGAUAGUGUGUGGCAUUUACCUGGCGAGAAAACGCUUGUACUGACGAACGCAACCGAUCGGAGCAUGGUGGUGCGUCCAGUGAGUACUCUUCCGCUGACGUUUCAUUGGAAACGUAAAGGAGACGCCAAUGUCCCGAACGCAGAGAACGAUGCGCUGAUGGCUCGAUUUGUCUCGACAGAUGAUGCACGAAGGCUAGGCAUCCCACCAAUAGGGGGCGUUGCACCGCAAAACCGGCAACCGAGUGUAUUCUGUGGCGAGACGUUUAUUUUAGAGUCAAAGAGCACUUCCUUGCUUUCGUUCCGCUUUGCAUCUAUCGCUGUGACUGAGCCACUGCCUGUGGAUACUAUAGAGGGCGGAAAGCUGUACCCACUACGGGGCAUGAUUGGAAUCCAAGGUUUUGACAGUAAUGAGGGCGAGGAUGUGGGAGAUGCAUGCACGCUGAAGGUUGUAAAUCUUUUAGGUUCAUAUGGCGAAUCACGCUUUCAUAUUGCAGAAAGACGCAUCGCAUUGGGAAAAAUUGGCUACGCGAUUGGGUGGAAAUCGUCAACGUUCAAGAUCUCAGUGAAAAAUGUAUCCGACGUAAUAGUAUCGUUUGUAGUUGCCAACUUGCCAGAUUGCAUUCAUGUGCGCAAUGCCCACGACGCGAGCCCCAUACAAAUUUGCGAUAAGGUUGAUCAAAAGCCGGAGGAUCAUGUCCCAUCACUUCGAAUGCUUGCCCUGCAUGCUGAGAGGCAGCUAGACAGUGCAAACGUUUCACGCUGGAGUGCAUGGAAAUUAGAGCCGAGAACUACUUGUGUACUUGACAUGGAACAAGUGCGAACGGAAAAGUUUUUAGCGCCAGGCUCCCAUGAAUUUCCGCUCCGCUUUUUUAAUCUAUACAAUCCUCACAACCACGAAGAUGUGGUGGUUGAAGCACAGAUUAUUUCCAGUUACGCGAAACUGGUGGUAGACCCAGCGAGCUCAGACUAUGAUGUAGAGGCGGCAGAGCCAAACGAGCGUCAUAUAGCUGUCCUUCCACCAAUCACGGUGCCCAUACCACAGGAAGCUCCUCACCUUGCCAGCUUUUGGUUUUCGCUGAGAAACGUGUACGACGAAGAUUUGAGUGUGAAGCUUUCUACUCACGUGCACAGUCCGUUUGACCGAACAAUUGAGCUACUUCCAAUGCUUCGCUCAGCAAAUACGCCGCUAAAUUCAAUUUUUUUGAUUGCGCCCGAUGAGUCAGUGGAUAUUCGGGUUGUGUGCCAUGUUCUUCCAUCUGCUCGCCUAUCGGCUGAGAUGUGGUCUUCUGAAGGGAGCAGUGCUACAUCAGAAAUUCUGAAUUUAGGACGUGUUUGUCUUGACAUUAAUGUUCAAAAUGUUGAGGACACUGCCCAACAGAAAGAGGUUCACGUAAAAGGAAAGCUGAUGCCUGGCAAGACUUUUGUCUUGUCUGCAUCUAGUCUUCACUUUUUUGCCACAGCAACCGAGUUGCCGACAAACAUUUCUGUUGACCACUUGCCGCCGUUCCUGAAGUCAAAAGCUGUGGUCAGUAGAGAAUCUUCCCAAAUCACAUUGGCUGGAAAGUCGCUUGAGGCUACAAGUUGUGUUGUAUACCAACUGCGUAACUCAUUUGAAAGCUUUUGGGUCCGCAAUCCAUCGAUGUCAGAAGUGUUGAACUUCAUUAUUAACCCCGUCUCGUUGUAUCAGCCCGGGCUUUGCCUUAUUAAGGGCUCGGCGGAGGCGGAAAUGUGUGUUAUUAGCGAAUGGAUUCAAGCAGUAGCUGUGCCUUCGUCGGGACCUAUCGCACCCGGUCAAUCUGUGAAAAUCACUGUUCAUCUCAAAGAAGCGGCUCCCGCAAGCAUGAAUCCGUCUCGUGACGGACAUGAAAAUAGUGUAUCCGGAAAAAUGACACCACGGCACCAGAUGCGCCAUAACCCAACCUGGCGGAGCAAUUCGUGGGAUGCGGAUGACUUACAAUCGUUGCCGGAUGAGAGUGGACAAAACCACAUGUUCUUGACCGUGCGUGAUGCCGAUUCAAACUUAGAUACCGGAGUAUCAACAGAAAUCGAUGUGCUAUUAGUACUACAACAGCAGAGCUCGUCAGGAGACAAUGGCAAACCGAGUAGUGUCGUUCUAGAUAGAGAACUAAUCACUGCAGCAUUUGACGCUCGUAACAAUUGGCUCGCGCAUUCCCGAAAACUGCACUCCGGCCCUAGCUUGAAAAAUAAUCUGGAGGACAAGCAAUUUGAGCAAUCGGAUUCGUCUGGUUUGGAUAAUUUUGAGAAGUUUGACAUCUCUUUGAUUCGUUCUGGGUCGGUAGAACGGAAGAACCAUUUACCUAUAUUGGCUAUUCGUGGCUGUACGCCAGCUGAGUAUUCAUCACUGGAGAAUACACGAUACUUGAUAGAUGUGGGCCAGCACACGGUUCGAAAUGGUGGAGAAGUAGAGUGGGAGAUAACGGUUGAAAGCCUUUACAGCAGCGUUGCGGAUCCCGGUCUUGACUCAGUUGAGUAUCGUCUAAUGCUCGUGGAUAAGAAUGCGCGAUCGUGGUUGCAGCUCAGUCGUGAACGUGGUACACUAGACAAAACACAUAGCUACCAGAGUGUAGUUCUUCACUUUCGUAGGGGUGUUUUGGGAGUUUAUUCAACGUUCAUGGUGCUUCAGAAUUUGGCAAACCCAUCCGAUCUGAAGGUAAUUCAUGUGAGGUUGGAAGUUAUUGCAGAUUUAAAUUCUCUGCGCGGGAUGUCGUCUGAAUUAGACCCAACGACAAAUUUAUUCCGUGUGCUUGUGUCAAAUCAUGGCAACCUUAAACGGCCUCGCCGACCCAGUAUUGAGGCGCCUCCAGAAAGCACUCAGAGUGGUCCGCAACGAUUGAUGAUUGAUUUCGGUGAAGUCUAUUACUACAAGCUUUACCAGAAUCACUCAAUAGUGAUUGAAAACUCAUCUGGUUUGAACCUUGACUUCAUUCUAUCUACAAACGCCAGACCGCAGGAGGUGAGCUUUUCUGUCUCGCCGAUGUCAUUCAGCGAAGUGACUACAGUCACUGUUGAAGCUCAUGCAAGCAUGCAGGUGUUUCUCCAGUUUCGACCUCAGCCCAACCAAAUGAUUCUGCUAGGAGCUAGUGAAGUGGCUGAUGAGGUGAACGAUCCGUGGAUGCGUGUAAUUGAGGUCUAUGUGAGCUGCCGACUGGUGAAAGAUUUUAGGGAAACGGUCGUCUUGCGCGCUACUUGCAGCCAGCCUCAGUUGAUGGUGAAUGUGAAGAACGGCGAAACCCACGAACCUGCGUUACAGCAAGAAACUUACUUCUCAGCUCAGCCGAUGUUCCUUGGCUUGGUUUUUCCAAUGCUGGAACCUACCUUUUCAAGCCCCGAGCUGUCUGCGAAAGCUGCAGAUGGAAUUCAGAAGUUUCUGAUUGUGCGCAAUACCAGAAGUGACACGAAUGCUCGACUUGCGUUGCGCAAUGACAGUUUGUUCUUCAGCUUAGCGAUUGAUGAAAGUUUGACUCGGUCUGGCGCUGCCACGGUAGACUUGUUGACUUAUGGCGUUUGCACUGGACGAAGGCCAACACUACUGGUGACCGUACAACCUCAAAGUGCUGUGAUUUUCCGCGUAAAACCUGAUGUUGCAGCUUUAUGGGAGCACCAUCAACUUUGGGAUCAUAGCGUGAAAGAGCACAUCACGCUGUACAACAUCAAGCAGUUUGCGGAACAUUACCAGGUUACCCUUUGUUUCACAUGCAGCAACGUUACGAGCUGCUACAUUCCACCGAAUAUCAGCGAGAGCUACCCUAUCUCGGCCCUUGAAGACAUCGUUGCAAAGUUUUUGCAGAAUUAUGAGUUCACAUGGAAGUGGUUGAUUUCGCACUACGAGAAAUUAGAAACAUCGCAAAUUUCACCCAAGUACUUGCUCAAUCAACCACCGACGCCACUGGCACCGAAGCUAGCAGCGAUUUUGAAUGAUCUUGAGAGCGCGUUAGAUCUGGCGUCGCCCUUGAGCCCUCGCGAUCUUACGCGCGCGGCAAUGCAGACCUUUGAAGAAGCAAAGAGUGUUGAAGAAACACCGACUCGGGACGAUUUCUACCAGUUAGUGCAGUCGUAUCGAGCACUAUACUUUGACUUUUACUACAUUACAGACGAGCUGGUAUGGCAUGGCGUACGUGGGAAUGCUGUGCGACACAGUCUAGCGCUAGCCGACCUAGCGUAUGGUGUCGUAUUCAACCAUGAGGUUUUCCAAUCAUUUGUUACCGAUGCUACAAGCGGCAGUGGCCCAGUCGACGUCGUGUCACUCCCUCGCCUGCUUUUCCCGUGGAUCCGACAGCUAGGACACUUUCUCAGCUUCUUCCCAGAGAAUCAAGAAGCGACUCAGCCGCUCCGACACGUCUAUGAUCGCAUACGGAAAUUUGAGACUAGCUAG